UGUGGAAUCUGCUGAGCUGGAAUCCCCGCCGGGGAUUCUCUUCACGAAUAUGCUUCUGUGAACAUCAAAGCUAUGUGAGGACACGGCAUGAAUGAGAAGCUGUCUUCGCUGGCGCUGCGGGACGUGCCGAAUGUGCGGCGGUGAAACAGCAGGCGGGUAAACAGCGACCGGCCCGGGCCUUCGGCUCGCCCAGGAGCUGUCAUGGCGGCGGCGGGGCUGGCGGGGCUCCUGCCCGCCCAGACCCAGCUGGAGUACGCCCUGCUCGAUGCCGACACUGCCCAGGAGAAGGAGAACUUGGUCUACCAGUACCUGAAGAAGAUGGACAGCCGGGAGCGGGACCUGACGGUGCCCGAGCUCGGCGGAGAUCUACAAUGGUUAAACACUGAAGGUCCUAUUUCUCUUCACAAAGACCUUUGUGGAAAAGUUGUGGUGUUGGAUUUCUUUACUUACUGCUGCAUCAACUGCUUGCACCUGCUGCCUGAUCUCCACGCAUUAGAGCACCAGUACUCUGAUAAAGAUGGUCUUAUUAUUGUUGGAGUCCAUUCGGCGAAAUUCCCAAAUGAAAAAGUUCUGGAUAACAUUAAAAGUGCCAUUCUGAGAUACAAUAUUGUCCACCCUGUAGUAAAUGAUGCAGAUGCAACACUGUGGCAUGAACUCGAAGUGUCCUGCUGGCCAACUCUGGUCAUUCUGGGGCCUCGUGGAAAUAUGCUCUUUUCGCUUGUUGGAGAGGGACACAGAGAGAAGUUGUUUUUAUUUACUUCUGUAACACUGAAAUUCUACAAGGAAAGAGGACAAAUCAAAGAUAACAACAUUGGAAUAAAGCUGUACAGAGACUCGCUCCCACCUUCUCCCCUGCUGUUUCCUGGCAAAGUGACCGUGGAUCAUUCAGGAGAAAGGCUGGUCAUAGCAGACACUGGACAUCAUAGGAUAUUGGUUACUCGAAAGAAUGGACAAAUUCUACACACUAUUGGAGGUCCAAACAGUGGAAGGAGAGAUGGAAGAUUUUCAGAGGCAGCUUUCAACUCACCACAAGGGAUCGCUAUAAAAAAUAAUGUUAUUUACGUAGCUGAUACAGAAAAUCACCUGAUCAGAAAGAUUGACCUGGAAUUAGAGGUGGUGACCACUGUAGCAGGCAUUGGGAUUCAAGGUGUUGAUAAGGAAGGUGGAGCAAAAGGAGAAGAACAGCCUAUCAGCUCUCCGUGGGAUGUGGUCUUCGGAAAUUCAAUUUCAGGGACCCAGGAAGAUGAUGUUUUAUGGAUAGCAAUGGCAGGCACUCACCAGAUAUGGGCACUAAUGUUGGAAGAUGGAAAACUACCAAAAGGAAGUGAUUUAAAGAAAGGAGUCUGCCUUCGAUUCGCUGGAAGUGGGAAUGAGGAGAACAGAAACAACGCAUACCCACAUAAGGCAGGCUUUGCCCAGCCUUCGGGUCUCUCUCUGGCUUCCGAGGAACCAUGGAACUGCCUUUUUGUAGCAGACAGCGAGAGCAGCACUGUGCGAACCAUCUCCCUGAAAGACGGAGCAGUGAAACACCUUGUAGGAGGAGAGAGAGAUCCAUUGAAUUUGUUUGCCUUUGGUGAUGUGGAUGGAGCAGGCAUAAAUGCAAAGCUGCAGCAUCCCUUAGGAGUAACAUGGGACAAGAAAAGAAAACUGCUCUACGUGGCAGAUUCCUACAAUCAUAAGAUUAAGGUUGUAGAUCCCAAGAUGAAGAACUGUGCUACCCUGGCGGGCACAGGAGAAGCAAGCGACAUCACUGGUUCCAGCUUUACACAGUCAACAUUUAAUGAGCCAGGAGGUUUGUGUGUUGAAGAAAAUGGCCGCUUGAUGUAUGUUGCAGACACCAAUAAUCAUCAGAUUAAAGUGCUGGAUUUGGAAACAAAAAUUCUUUCCAUGUUGCCUAUCCUGAAUCCAGAAGCAGGCGAUGUUCCAGAUAACCUGCCUGUGCAAAAGGAGAAAAUGACAAGCCUUCCAAAGCUGCCUAAAUCUGCACCAAAUGUUCAACUUCCUUCACUAACAGUAGCUCCUGGCCAGACAAUUCAGUUUUUAUUAAAGUUGACUCUUCCUCCAGAUUCAACACUGAAUGAAGAAGCACCCAAUUCGUGGUUUAUCACAGCAGAAGAGAAUAGCUGGUUGCUUCAAGGACAGUAUCUUUCUGGAGAAAUAAAGGAUGUUUCCUGUCAAACUGUCAUUCCCUUUCAGUUACCAGGGAGCUGUCUAUCAGCCGAAGCUAUCCUGGCUAUCAUAGUGUGCCUCUACUAUUGCAACAAAGGUAGCAGUACCUGCAUGAUGAAAGGAAUCUCAUUCAAUCAGCCUUUACAGAUAGCUAGUACAAACCAAGGCAGUUUGACUCAAGUUGAACUGAUACACACAUUUUUAAGUAAAUAACCUGAAGCCAGCUAAUUUCAUACUUUACUUUAGUAUCCACCAUUUCUAUAGGAGAAAAUGCAAAUAGGUAACUUUUCUCUGUUUUUCAUUUUCUUGGAGCUUAUGACAAAGCUAAGAAAUAAUAAACUUGAUAAAAGGAAUUAGAGUUCCCUACAGCUUAACAUGAAAAUUAAUCAUCACAACCUCACUUCAUUACAGUAGCAGCAAUAAUAUUGUAAUACCCUGGGCUCUGUUGCCAGUUGUGAAUCUGUUGGAUGUAUGCCAUUCUAAGCAAUGAGCAACAAUUGUUAGAGCCCUGUUGAAAGACCUGGUGUUGCUUUGUGAUGUUACUGUAACAAAGUCUUUGCACUGAACAUACUGUUAGAAUAGCUAGAUCAUUUUGUACUAACAGUUACAAAUUUUAAUAGAAUGUCAGAAUGAAUAGUUCCUUUCUCCAGGUUGUAAAAGAGGUAUCUUGCUUAUUUUUCUGUAAUGGAAUUUAUGACACAUGUAUUUUGAAAAUACAUCAUAAGCUAAUCGUGGGUCUGAUUUUAUGCAAACUGAGUGUUUUGCUUACCUACAUAUGACUGCCUUAUGUGAAGAGCAUAGUUUCAUGGAAAAAUUUCUGUGAAAGGAAGUGUUCAAGUUCCUACAGAAGAAUUUCCUGCUGAUUUCUAACAAAGAAUGUGCCUCUCUAAUGUGUAUAUAUAUAAAGAAAAAAACCCACAGAACCAUGCUGGAGUUUUUCUGAUGCAUACCAAUUUACAUUUUAUAGUAAGUAGAAGAUAAAGUUUGAAUAUGUAAACUGCAAAAAUGAAAUGUUAACUAUGUUAAGCAGGGUGAAUCACUUUACUACUUUUAUGAUUUCUCUAUAAAGACUUGUCUGAAGACUUUUUUCUUGCAAAUACAUAAUAUUAAGAAGAAUAUUAUACUCUUGAAGUCUGAUUCAGAGUCUUUUGAAGUCACUGUUAGCCCUUCCAUUUGUAAUAGUGGCCACUGAACCAGAAGUGUAUGUUUAAUAAUGAAUUAUUUGCAUUAAUGUUCUUUUUGCUAGAAAACCUAAUCUUUGAGUAAGGUGCUUUAAAACUGUAUUUCAAAAUUCUGCCUUUGGUUAUUAAUGUUUUGCAAGUAAAAUUCCUCCAGUUUGCCACAGUAAGUAAUAGGAAUACAGGAGGGAGUGCAAGUUUUGUACUUGAAGAGUUUCCUCAGUGGCAAUUGGAUUAGACUGUCUGCUUGGGUCAUGAGGAUCAGGUCCGAGAAGAUGAUUUUGUUUUAAGUUUGAAGAUAGCAUUUUCACAUACGUUAUGAAGUACAGUAGUGAAAGAAUUUUUAUAUAGUCUGUUCUAAUCACCAUUGUUCCUGACACCUGUCAAGUGUCAUACCCCAGUAUGAUUUGUUGUGGCUCUUUCCUACUUAAAGGCUGACUGAAAUGUCGGUCAUGAACCCAAAAGGCUUUUGUUUUAAGGGAACCAUGCAGACUGGUGUGGUUUUUCCUUCCAUUCAGAUGCCAGUCUAUCUGCAAGUUCUUUGUAGUACCAGAAAUGGUUAUUAUCUCACCUGUCAGCAAGGCAAGGGCUGAACUAUUAUUUUUCUUGGGUUUGUUUUUUAAGCAACUUUUCUAAUUCAGUGUUUCAGCUCCUUUGGGUAAGCCUCUCAAUUCUCACAUGCCAUUUUGAAGAAGGAGAAAGCUUUGCUACUUUGUUCACAGAUUGCAAAUGCUAUUGGAAAGAUGAAGGUAAAGAAACUGAUUUGGGCA